GGUGUCGUAACGAGGAGAGAAAGGAGAGCAGAUUCCAUCAAUGGCGGAUUCCUAUUAAUAAAAACGAUUGCCCAAGAAGACGAAGAAAUAAUUAAUACCCAAAUACAUAAAUAAAGAAAAGGGGAAGGCGUAGGAAGAGGGGAAAUUGGACCCCAAAAAUUUCUCAAUGUCAAUGCGAGAUUCGGAAGCUUCCAUUGGAGAGCUAAUACGAACCACCCCCCAGCAUUAAUUCCACGCCCUUCGAACGGUUUCUCCCACCCCCACCCUCCCUUCCAACUCCCCAUUCUCCACCUAUUUCCCCCUCAGACGUUGUUUUGUUAUUCGCUUCUCUGUUAUGUUGUGAGCGAAAAUAGCCUCUGUUUUCGGACGACCGUUUUUAUGCUUUCAUGGAGGUUCAAUACCAGGAGGAAUAUGUGAAGAACUCCAGAGGAGUGAAACUCUUCACUUGCAGAUGGCUGCCAUUUUCAUCUUCUCCAAAAGCUCUUGUGUUCCUCUGCCAUGGCUAUGGCAUGGAGUGCAGUAAUUUCAUGAACGGGGUGGGAAUGAAGCUCGCCAGCCAUGGAUAUGCGGUGUUUGGCAUUGAUUACGAAGGCCACGGACGUUCUAUGGGCGUAAGGUGUUACAUCAAAAGGUUUGAAAACAUAGUUCAUGACUGUAGUAGCCAUUUCAAGUCAAUUUGUGCUCAGGAAGAGUACAGAGAAAAGAAAAGAUUCUUAUACGGCGAAUCGAUGGGAGGAGCUGUGGCCCUGUUGACACACAAAAGGGAUCCUCGUUUCUGGCAUGGCGCCGUGCUCGUUGCUCCAAUGUGUAAGAUUUCGGAGAAGGUUAAGCCGCACCCUGUUGUUAUCAGUCUGCUGACUCGGGUGGAAGACGUAAUCCCCAAAUGGAAGAUUGUGCCGACCAAGGAUGUCAUUGAUUCCGCGUUCAAGGAUCCCGUUAAACGCGAAGAGAUCCGCGGUAAUAAUCUUAUAUACCAGAAGAAGCCGCGGCUUAAAACCGCCCUCGAAAUGCUCCGGACCAGCAUGGAGCUUGAGGAUAGUUUGCACGAGGUGACGUUGCCGUUCUUCGUGCUGCACGGUGAGGCGGACACGGUGACAGACCCGGAGGUGAGCCGCGCACUUUACGAGCGAGCCGGGAGUACGGACAAGACGAUGAAGCUGUAUCCGGGGAUGUGGCAUGCCCUGACAGCCGGCGAACCGGACAACAACAUCGAGGUUGUGUUCUCGGACAUUCUUGCCUGGUUGGACAAGCACACCGGAGACGACAUCAACCUCGGCGAUGCUAUUUAUGGUGUAAGAGUGAAGUCGGUCUGGCCGGCCACUCCGACGUCGGGUUCACAGAUAUCGGUCGGCAAGGCGAAGUCCCGGCGGCGGCUGAAAUAUUUGUGCGGCUGGAAGGGUCGGGACAUCCGCCGGCAAUCCGUUGUCUGAACUGUUUGAUAUGUUUGAAAGGAUUGAGCAACUGUGUUAGGGAUGUCAACGGGGCGAAUUCGGAACGAGUUUUGCAGGCCUCGAGACCCGCCCCGUUAGAAAAUAGUAGGACCCAAGACCCGCUCCGCUCCGCCCCGCUUCGACCUGACCCUAGGACCCGUCCUGCCCCGAAUUCCCCGGGUUCGGGACCAAUCUGACAAACUCGUUUUUUU